UCAAGAGAGUCUAGCAAAAGAGAGACUUUAAUAUUUUCUUCUCCUUUCUCAAGUUCUUGGCGAAUUCAACCUUGGUAAUCCUUGAAACCAGCCGCAGCUCUGGUAAACCAGACCCAUUUCAUCAGGUCCUCGUCGUCUUCACGUGGUCUAACCUUUUGCUUCUACAAUGGAGAUGGAGACGAAUUGUGCAGAUAAUCAGGCAUCAGAAACAUCAACUGCACUCGAGGAGGAUUCCAGCGUUCUAUUUGGCGAUCAGGAAAUGUUUCCUCGAGUUGGAGAUGAAUACCAAGCUGAAAUUCUGAAAGGGAUACAAUCUACAGCCAAUGACACUCCAAUUGAGGUUCUGAUUGGUCUUCCCAUUACAGUUAUGUGGGUUGAAAUAGAAGAUAAACAUUCUUCUUCAUCAACCAAAGGGGAAACAGGAAGAAAAGACUGUUAUCUUGUUCCUGGAUCAAAGGAAGAAGGUUGGAGCGAAAUAGAAGAGGCGGGUCUUCUCCUUGGUCUCUAUAUUUUCGGGAAAGAUUUUGUGAAGCUGAAAGUGUUCCUCACAUGCAAAACAAUGGGAUCCAUAUUGUCAUUUUACUAUGGAAAAUUCUACAAGUCUGAUGGAUAUCGAAGAUGGUCUGAUUGCAGGAAAACGAAAAGCAGGAAGAUUGUUUUGGGGCAAAAGAUUUUCUCGGGUUUCAGGCUGCAAGAAUUGUUGUCUCGUUUGUCCUUGCACGCUUCAGAAGAACGUCGAAAUGCUUUAUCCAAGGUUUCUGAUUUAUUCGAGGAAGGGAAAAUGCGGUUGGAUGAAUUCGUCUUUACUAUAAAAGCUAUAGUGGGAAUGAAGAAUUUUGUAGAAGCAAUUUCGAUAGGGAAAGGUAAGCAAGAUCUAACUGGAAUGAUAUCAGAGCCUCCAAAAGCUAAUAAUUCAGUUGGCAAAGCGUGUUCCUCUCUUACCACAUCUGAGAUCGUCAAGCUUCUAACUGGUGAUAUUCGGUUAAGCAAAGCGAGAUCGAAUGAUCUAUUCUGGGAGGCAAUUUGGCCUCGUUUGCUUGCACGAGGCUGGCAUUCAGAGCAGCCAAAAUGUUAUGCUGCUGUUUCGAAACAACCUUUGGUCUUUCUAGUCCCCGGUUAUACAAAGUUUUCGAGAAGAAGACUCGUAAAAGACGACCAUUAUUUCGAUUCAAUUACUGAUGUCUUACACAAAGUUGCCUCUGAACCUACCCUUAUUGAACUCGAGGCGGAUGAAAGCAACGAAAAUGACAAGAAACUGGAGCCUGACAAUUCGAGUGAUCAUCAACGUCAGAGUUAUCUUCAGCCUCGAACUUCAAAUCAAAACGGGGAUUUGUUGAAGUUCACUGUCGUCGACACUAGUCAUACUAGCGAUGGAAAACCGUUUAGUACAAGACAGUUGAGAAUGUUGUCAGAUGAAUCCAUUAAUGUUAUCACUGAUUCUCCUAGUCCUUCAUCUGAAGAUUCAAACUCUUCUACAGAUGAUAUUAUUCUUAACAAUUCUUCGAAUAGUUCGGUUGCCAUCAAGAAACACAAGAGGAGACAGGUUUCUCAGAAAGAAGCCACAGAAGGAAAUGUUUUGGAUUCCAGUUUUAAUGUGGACCAAUCGUAUAAUCAAUCUGAACCGCGUGAAUUGAUUGACCUUAACUAUCCUCUACUGCCACCCGGGUUCGAACCAUGUGACAUCUUCAUGAUGGAAACUGUUGCCCAGCCGAGUCCACAGGAGGAACAGACUAUUAAUGUUAAUGGUCGGAGGCAGAGUACUAGGUAUCGGCCUCCGACAGUAAAGGUUUUGGAAGCUUUAGCAGAUGGAUUAUUGACAAGUGGCAUCAAAAAAGACAAGAACCGAGCAGGUCGUUGUAGAGAGAAUUCACGGUCAAGAAGUAAUUCAUGAAGUCCGAUUCGAGAGCAAGAACAAGAGGUUUCGGAUUAUUUGAAAAAAAAAGGUUAUGGACUUGGAUGUUAAUGAUCAAAAGAGAGGAAAUCUCAUAUUUCAUCCCCUUUUUUGUGAAGCUCCAAUUCAUAGAUGCUGAGAACUGGCAUAAGAGAAUCAUGCUUUGAAGACAAGGAUACAUUUAAAUGUUACUCUAUUUCUGAUUAUUAUUAGUAUUUUUAUUUUUUUUCAUAAGAAUUAUACUUUCAAUUAAGAAAAUAAUAGAUUACAU